ACCUUCUUUAACUACACUAAUAAUUUUUGAUACAUUUUUACACGCCAAUACAAAAUAUUAGUGUUUAAUAUUUUUUGGUUAUCACUUUUAUCAGUUGACAGUGACAUUGGUUGGUUCACUAGUAAAAAAGUUGAGUAGACGUAGCAGUUUUUCUGCUUAAAUAAAAUAUUUAAGAUCAAACGUUUGGAGGAAUAGAGUAAUAAUGGGUUCGCUAGUGAAAAAACUAUUUGACCAGCUCAAGAGCAAGGAAUUUAGGGAAUAUUUGAUGAGUACCCACUUCUGGGGCCCCGUAGCAAACUGGGGUAUACCACUGGCAGCAAUCGCAGACACACGGAAAGAUCCUGUCUUCAUAAGUGGCAAAAUGACACUUGCUCUGACGCUAUAUUCUCUGAUGUUCAUGAGGUUCGCGUGGCGAGUGAAGCCGAGGAACAUGCUACUGUUCGCCUGCCACUUCACCAACGAAUGCGCUCAAAUAACACAGGGAGUGAGGUUCGUCAACUACCAUUACAUACAGGGUGGAGAGAAGAAGGAAGAUCUCAAGAAAUAAACUCACAAUUAGACAAUUUUAGAACUUAUCUUAGGGUCUGUUUACAUGGGCGAUAGUUUCUAGUACAAAAUAUUAAAAUACAUACAUAGGGAAUUGCGGAUUUCAUAAAAUAUCUUUAAAGGGACAAUUAGUACAAAAUAUUUAGGUUAACAUAAGUCGGGAUUUACGACUAACUCGUAAAAUGGGUUGGAUUCUUUUGAAUACAUAUCAAUGUUAGUCGUUUUUGAGAUGAUCUAUGGUUAGUUUGAGGUUAGGCUAGCCAAAAUGCCGCUUAAAAUGCUCUUGUGUCCUUAAACUUUGUCAAGUGUCAAAAAGAUAUGUAGUAUGUUGUAGUUCUUUGUUAUGGUUUUCGUGACUGAACGGACCUAAUGACGAAUAACGAAUUUAUGUAUGAGUCAAAGAAUAGAGCAGCGUUAUAGAGUCAAAACUGUUUAAUUGCAA